AUGCAUUUUCUCGAGACAGAGGAGGCGCCACCUGGCCCUCUUCCGCUCCGUUCGGACGCGUCAACAGGCUGCCAGGCGACUGGUCCAGGGCUGUCCACGUCCCACGCCCCGUCGUCAGCGGCCGCGCCUCCGUCGCCUGCAGAGUGUCGAGACGCGGCCAGGCCGCUCUUCUCCUCCGCCGCUGUGCAUGCGAGUCCCCCGUCGCCUUCUCUCCUCGCCUCGGUGUCUGACAGUGCGGAGCGUGAAGCUGGUGCCGAGGCCCAGGCGCCGCCAGGACGUCCGCCUUCGCUGGGCUUUCGAGGAGCGGAACCGCCCUCGCCCGCAGCGUCUGCCGCAGGACACACUUCAGGCGCUGUCCACUUCGCUUCGGGUUCUCAGCAAGAAAGCCAGUCAUCGUCCCCAGAGGCGCGUCCGCCUGCGCUCCUUGUUUCUUCGCGUUUGGUCCUCGAACCUUGCGGUGCGGACGCCCCACGGCGAACUCCGCAGCACGCGCUUGACGCGUCUGGAGGCCCAGGAGACUCCUCCGGUUCUCCGCCAGGACGGGCGGGCGGCCGAGGAGGCCGAGGAGGCAAAGAUGACGAGGUUCCGGUUCCUGUUUCUCCGUCUCAGGUGCGAGCAGCCGGCGUGUCUCGAGUGUCCCCACGAAUUGUCGGCGUGUACUCCUCGGGGAACGAGUCGGGGCUCGCGGCCAAGAAGCGGGGCAACAGACCCCCGGACGAAGGCGGCGCCCUCACCAAGGCGACGCUUGUGUACGGAGAGGAGGGAGCGAGGAGGCGGCAGGACAGGGAAGGCGACAAAGAUGCCUCGUCGCAAGACGGUUUCAGGAUGCUGGGCGCCGCGCCGCGGCCUGGACCCUCUGUGGCGACGCACCUUCUCGCUGCGCCGUCCGCUCUGCCUGCAACAGAGGCGACGGCCAUGAGUGUGCCGAGUGGCGGCGCAGUGGGGAACCGAGAACCCCUGUGCUACGAGAAGAGACUCGCCGAGAGAGCCGCAGCAAGUGAAGACGCCAGACGGGAGACUCCCGGCGCAGAGAAAGCCUCGCCGAGCCUCGAAGUCGGAGAACUGCGUCCUGCGGUCCCAGAAACGUUCCGGCUGAUGCCGGUCGUCGGGGACCGCGCGACUGCGACGGGGGCGAGGAAAAGGAAAAAGAAGAAAGUGGGCUUCAGACGAAGAAGCGGAGACGGGGCCGAGCGACCCGAGAAGCCGCCGGUGGGAAAGGGCGGAUCUCUCUUCCUCCACCCUGCGCUAGGCGACGAUUCAGAAGGAGACUCAAGGAACGCCGACGACGAGGAGUCGCCCACGUCGCUCUGUUCUCCAGAGUGCUGCGGAUUCUUUUGGGGUCAGAGAUGGCACGUCAUGCAAGGUUGCCUCUGGGGCUGGGGCUUCACCAACAGACCAAGAGAAGGCGUGCGCUAUUACCUCAGCGAAAUCUUCGCCGCACUCAUCAUCGCUCUGACGCAAGUCCCGGAAGCAGCCUCGUUUGCCAUGAUGGCCAACCUGCCUCCCGCCAUCGGCGUCCACAGCGCGUGGAUCAUCGGCCUCUUCGCUUGUGGCCUUGGCGGGAGACCGGGGAUGAUCAACGGCGUCACAGGCUCUUUUGCCGCGACGAUUGGGGCGUACGUCGCGCGGACGUGUACGCAGUCUUCGUGCGUCUACGAAGGCGUCGAGACACUGGUUGCGUCGGUGUUUGUGGCGGGGGCGAUUUUGCUGGCUUUCGCCUACAGCCGUCUCGCGUGCCUGGUUCAGCUGAUUCCUGCGUCGGUCAUGAUCGGUUUCUGCAACGGCAUCGCCAUCAUCAUCUUCCUUGCGCAGCUCCAAAUCUUCAAAGACCCCGCGACUGCGGAGUACAUCACAGGCGCUCGCGCGGGAUGGAUGGCGGGCGAGUGUGUCUUGGCCGCUGUCGUCAUGGAAGGAUGGCGGAAAGUGCCGUUUGUGGGGAAGUUGUUGCCGGGGUCUUUGAUUUCAAUGGUUGCCGCUGGGCUGAUGGAGUUUCUCCUGGCGCGCAUGCUUUUCGACACGAAGACGCCGACGAUCGGAGAAGUCGCAGAAUUGACGGCAAACUCCGCGCUGCCUUCGCCCUUCUUCGCGGACUCGCGAUGGGACUUCUCCAACAACGUCGAGGUCCACAAAGCGCUCAUGCAAGGGCUGAUUCUCGCAGUGGUCGCGAUUCUUGAGACGCUGAUGACUGUCGAAGUAGUGGACAUUUACGCGGCGCAAGCAGCGUUGCCGCCGGAACCGGCUGAGCCUGCUGCAGGGCGGCGGCGAGAGGCCUUCCUCAAGCGGCUGCUUCCGCGCUCGCGCGAUCCUUCUGGCCCGGCACAGACGCCCCCCGCCGAGUCCCGCCCCCGGGGCUUCUUCUCGCCGGCGUCCUCCGGCGACAAACUCGGCGUGUACAACGUCAUCGGAGAACUUGCAAACCGCGAGGGAGAUGAGGGUGACGAGCGCGGCGACGGCGGGACGAAGGCGUCUUCGCGGAGCAACUGGUCAAAGCGGCGCGAAAGCGAAAGGGGACUCGGCGAGUGCGGCGAGGGCAUCCCUAUCGGUUUUGACGCGAAACCGAUGCGGCGCGGCGUCUCGUCGGAGAAUACUUCGCGGGGCUCCGGGAGUGUCUCCCCGCCCGCCUCGCUCAGGACAGAGACGGAGAGCCCCGUCGCGCACGCAGGGGAGCGGCGUUUUCUAGGGCGAGACGCCGAGACGCCCGAGGCGAACGCGAGGCGCCUGCCGUCCUCCGGCUCGGCGCCGAGGCCGGGUCGCGGGCCUGUCUCCGCUUCCACCCUCCUUGGAGAGGCCGAGGAAAGAGAAGCGUCUUCGCCUUCUCGCCGCGCGUCUCCACCGGGAGAAGGCGUAGAUCUCCCUUCGUUUUCUUCCUCGCGGGUGGCAACGGCGGCGCAGCCACGGAGAGCCGGGGAGACUGCGCACCGUGCGCGGACGCACUCUGUGGAGGCACCGUGGAGCGACAAAAGCGGCGACGAAGCGAGGCGAGAGGACGAAGACACGCGGGACGCCGUUGCGGUCCAGAUCGGACAAGACUCGGGGGCGACUCGAGGGCAGUGCUCAGUCUCGUCUCUGCUUUUGCGCGAGGACGAGGCGACGCGACAGCUCGGGGAGAUUUCGCGGGAGCUUCGCGGGCCGAGCGCUGCGCGUCUUGGCGAGGCCGCCUUUGGACGACCCAGACGAACCAAUGGAGGCACGAACGAGAGCGACGCUGGGGGCGAUCAAGCAGAGGUCGGUCAGGUUGACGCGGCAUUUGACGGGAAUGGCGAGGAGCGAAGAGGCGCAGCCUCGUGUGUGGGCGGGGCCGUGGGAGGCGCGGAGAAGCGAGAGACGAGUGGGGUCGUGCCGAACGAGACGCAGGAGUCGCGUGGAGGACGAAGAAAAGCCGCCGUGAAGGGAGACGGCGACCAGCAACUCUGGGCCGCCGGAAUCGCCAACGUCGUUUGCGCCUUCUUCGGCGGCAUGGGAGGCGGCGCCAUGAUCGGCCUCUCCGUCAUGAACCUGCGAAGUGGCGGCAAAGGAAAAGAAUCAGGUCUUCUGCAGGCGGUGUUUGUCUUUGUGUUGAUCGCGGCGGCCUACAAGGUGUUGAACUUCUUGCCGAUUGCGGCGCUGGCGGGAAUCAUGUUUUGCGUGGCGUUUCACACUUUCAAGUGGUUCUCUCUUCCCAUGGUCGUGGCCAGUUUCCUCCCCGAGACCCUCCGGUCUUUGCACCCCUGUCUCGUCCAGAAAAUCUCCCGCGCCGACGCAAUCAUCGUCGUCACCGUCACCAUCUGCUGCUAUUACGAAGUGCAAGGGCCACUGUGCUUCAGCACGGCCCACAAGUUUGAGAGCGCCUUCAACUACGACGAGGACCCGCCAACGGUCAUGUGCAUGCUGAGUGGUAACACUCGGUUGUUCGACUACAGUGCGAUGGCGAGCCUGGAUGCUGUUAGUCGCGGAUACAUGCGAAGAGGAAAAACGCUACACUUCAAGGGCAUGAGUCACGGAUGUUUGAACAUGAUGGCAAAGGCGAAUCACUUGAUGCAGCACAUGGACUACGAAUUGAUUGAGUUGGACGUACCGCCCAUCCAUCACCUGGUGGAGGUACACCCGGACGACGACCGGGAGUCGGCGUUCGCCGAGUCGCUUUUCGCGCCUUCGCAUCCGACGUCGCGGGCUUCUUUCUCGCGAAGAGGUCACCAGUCGUCCCUCGCGUCGCGAGCCCUCGACUCCUUUCCGCGACACAACUCGUCUUCUCUCUCGCGCGUUCGGACCGGCGCGGCGCGUCUGCAGCCAUCCGCGGAGGCCAGCGAGACACGAAGCGAGCGACGGCGAGACCAGGAAAGACUCGGGGAGACAUAUACGUCUAUAACCGACGAGGAGUCGCAAAAGGACGCCUACAAGCGGCAAGGCGUCUCAGACGCGUCGCGACGCACUGCAUGCGAAACGACUGCAGGUCCAAGUCUCUCGCUCACUCAGACCGUCUGUGUCGGCGAGCUGGGGGACUCAGAGGAGGCGCGCCCAGAGCCAGGCGGGAAGCCGCGACAGAGACGCAGCGCCGCCGAACGGAGAGAAGACUCGGAUCGAGACGAGGAGAUUGAGGGCGAGAAGAAAAGAGGGAUAGAAAAAUAG